CCCCACUUCCUCCUCCUCCCUCUCGCCAUCGUCAUGCCCGGCAAGAAGAAGAAGAAAUCGUCAUCAUCAAAUCGACCAGAACCACAUCACACCGACUCGCUCAGGGCAGAUAUUGCGGCAGCGAAUGACGAAGAUGUGGAUAUAGCCUCUGAGUUACUCGCCUCCCUAGACGCACGAGACGAGGCAGAAGAGAGGGUAAAGGAGAGUGUACCCCCUCCAUCCAAGCCACUCGAAGUACCCUCCGCCCCAGCUCACCACCACCAACGCAGCUCCCUCUCAUCCGAGACGAGCGGGUCGAGUGGGACAAGUGGUGGCGGGCUGAUGAGCGGACUCAAGGGAGCGGGAGAGAAGAUUCGUAACCAUGUCAGCCCGAACUCGCAGCAGGGACAGGGACAUUCCCCGACUUCGCCGCGAUCAGGUGGUGGGUUGAAGGGCUUGUUUGGGGGUGGUGGGGAAGGUGGAGAGAAGAAGGUGGGAAGGCAAAAGGCUCGAAAGCAACGCAAAGAAGCUACAGCGGCGGCGGAACGUGCCCGCUUCGAGGAAGAGCUCAAAGCCAACGGAGGCAACGUCGACGAGGCCGAGGAAGAACGGCAGGGCAUGUCCCUCGCGUGCGACUCGCUCAACGUAGACCUCCACGAGAUCACACCUGACGGGCAUUGCCUCUAUUCUGCUGUUGCUGAUCAGCUCCGGUUGGCCGGGUUAGGCGGGUAUGACUAUCAGGGUACGCGUAAGGUGACUGCAGAGUAUAUGCGGCGACAUAGGGAUGACUUUUUGCCCUUCAUCAGCGAUAUUGAUGAGAGUAUGGCGGGGAUCAAGAAUGAAGGCGCGGGGAAUGCGAGCAAGGAUGGGGCAAUGGAGGAACACUACCUCCGCUAUUGCGAUGCCAUCGAAUCGACGGGCGUGUGGGGCGGCCAGCCGGAGAUCCUCGCCAUGAGUCGCGCCUUCAAGUCGCAGAUCUGGGUCGUGCAGGCUGGGCAGCCCAUCGUCAAGGUGGGGGAAGGCGAGGAGAAGGGGGGUCCCUUGAUGAUCAGCUAUCAUAGGCGGAUGUACGGAUUGGGAGAGCACUACAAUUCUCUGCACCCGCGAAAGAAGUAGAAGCGAGCUGACGUGGAGCAUUGGCCGUGGAGCAUUGAGAUGGAGCAUCGAAUAGCAACAAUAUCACACACGCACACGCGACACGCUGCUACGCAUCGAUCCCCAGCCCCAACGUCUCACACUGCUCUCGCCUCACCAUCUCCCCCACUUUCGGCUGAACAUCCAAUCGCAUCACCUUUCCCCUCCCCUUGUUCGCCAUCCCCCACUCCCCACUCCGAUCAAACGCCCGCAGCGUAGACGCAUACCCGCGCGUGCGCAGGUACUCGACGCUUGGCGUCGGAUUGGACGUGCGGGCGAAGCUGGUCCA